GAACCUGAACCCUCCGUCUAUUUUAUGUCGCCUUGUGCUCAACACGCUUACUUCAGUUGCACAACUGCUUUCUCCUUAUUUUUUAAGUGAUCGCUUGCAUUUCUGUUCAGAUUUUUAUACUUUCUCGUAAUUUGGAUAUACGUUCAGAUCAAAUCGUUGCUGAAGUUUAAAGGGAUUUGGGGUGCAAAACAGAUGGAGGACCCUGCAGACUCUGGUGGCGGCACUGCAGAUCCAACGGGCCCCUCGAUGUUAGUGACGGAGAUCCGCUGGCCAGCAGGGGCCCGUCCACUGCGGUUGUUGGAGUGGAAAGUUAAACCUGGAUCCCUGGUUAAUGUCGACUCUGUGCUUGCUUUAUGCGCCCCUAUCCCGGUGGAGAAGGAGGCCGGAUCUGAGCCACGGGAGCAGGCAAGCAGACUGCCGGAGAAGAAGGUGAAAUCGGACCGUGCUGGAGUAGUGAAGGAGCUGUGCUGUCAACUUGGACAGGUCAUCUCUCCUGGCGCUGUCAUUGUGCGGAUAGAGGAAUGCAGUCAUCCCAUCGUGAUGAAGGGGCUUUGUGCCGAAUGUGGCCAGGACCUGACCCAGCUACAGAACAAAAAUGGGAAGCAGCAAGCGCCCAUCUCCACGGCGACGGUCUCCAUGGUGCACAGUGUCCCAGAGCUCAUGGUCAGCUCAGAGCAAGCAGAGCAGCUGGGCAGGGAAGAUCAGCUGCGUCUGCACUGUAACAGGAAGCUGGUCCUCAUGGUGGACCUGGACCAGACACUGAUCCACACCACAGAGCAACACUGCCAGCGCAUGUCCAACAAGGGAAUCUUCCACUUCCAGCUGGGGCGUGGGGAGCCCAUGCUGCACACGCGGCUGCGACCGCACUGCAAGGACUUCCUGGAGAAGAUCGCCAAGCUGUACGAGCUCCACGUAUUCACCUUCGGCAGCCGGCUCUACGCCCACACCAUCGCAGGCUUUUUGGACCCUGAGAAGAAGCUUUUCUCCCAUCGGAUCCUGUCGAGGGACGAGUGCAUCGACCCAUACUCCAAAACGGGGAACCUAAGGAAUCUCUUUCCCUGCGGGGACUCCAUGGUCUGCAUCAUCGACGACAGGGAGGACGUGUGGAAGUUCGCGCCCAACCUGAUCACGGUCAAAAAGUACACCUACUUCCAGGGCACGGGCGACAUCAACGCCCCUCCUGGAUCACGGGAAGCUCAAAUGGCAAGAAAAGCAGCCAAUCACGUCAGCAAGCCAGCGGAGGGCCCAGCGGCGGCGGCGGCGGCGACAUCGAGCAGGGAGGGCGAGGAGGACAGGGUGUCGGGGGACAGGGCGUCGGAGGACAGGGCGUCGGGCGCCGAGGAGCACAGCAACGGUCUCAGGAAACGGGGGAAGGAGCGGGGCGGCGGCAGGGGUGCGGCCGAGCAGGAGGAGCAGGCGCCCGCCUCUCAGGGAGCGCCCAAUGAGAGGACUCACACGGACAGGGAGGGGGCGGAGGGGGCGGCGUCGGCGGGCGGGGCAGACACCUCACGGGUAAGUGACACAGGGAAUGUAAAGGAGGAGGAGGACGGCAGCGGGGCUGUGGCGGCGGCCGCGACGGAGGGGGAGGCGGCUCCUGCCACAGACGGGACCGGCAACGAGCUGGACUUUGACCUCUCCAGUGACAGCGAGAGUGAGACGGGCACGGGAGACCCCCCGUCGUCAGACAGCGAGGGCGAGGGGAAGCGCGGCUGGAGGAAGGCCAAGGAGCCCCAGGCGGCAGAUCCCACCGGCGACAGCAGCAAGGGCGCUGCCGAAAAGCAGCCGGGGGGCGAGGACGCUCUGGAGGAGGUCCCUCCGGGCACCGAGCAGGAGGGUCUCCAAGAGCUGGGCAACGGCUGCCCGGACCGAAAGGAGGCGGAGACGGAAUCGCAGAACAGCGAGCAGUCGGGCGUGACCAUGGGGGAGGAGUCGCUAGACCAGAGCAUGGAGGAAGAGGAGGAGGAGGAGGAAGAGGAGGAACCGGACCUGGACCAGGACGAUCACCUGAUCUACCUGGAGGAGGUGCUGGUCCGCAUCCACAGCGAGUACUAUGCCAGGUACGAUGACUUCCUGGCCAAGAAGACCUCCGAGAUACCCGACAUCAGGAAGAUCGUCCCAGAGCUGAAGAGCAGGUCGCUGGCAGGGACGAACAUCGUGUUCAGCGGCCUGUACCCCACUAACUACCCCAUGGAGAGGACGCGGGAGUGUUACCAUGCAAAGGCCCUGGGAGCCAAGGUCAGCAAAAACCUCGUCCUCAGCCCCAAAGACCCAAGCCGAACGACACACCUCAUCGCUGCAAGAGCUGGCACAGAGAAAGUGCGCCAGGCGCAGGGCUGUAAGCACCUGCACGUGGUGAACCCUGACUGGCUGUGGGGCUGCCUGGAGCGCUGGGAGAAAGUGGAAGAGCAGCUCUUCCCCCUCAAGGAGGACUACGUCAAAACGCAACGGAGCAACAGUCCGGCCACGUUUCCCGACAUCCAGGGCGCGUUCCAGACGCCGCUGUUCCACCCAACACCCAUCCACCCCAAAACGCCGACGGCGCCGGAGGUGCGGACGUACGACCCCGUCACGGGGAAGCUGAUCCGGAGGGGGGCCCAGGCGGGGCCGCGCCAGCCGUCCUACAUCCAGGCCCCCGGACCCCCCCUGGCUCUGCACGGAGAGCAGUCCUCCUUCAGGGUGGUGCAGCAGCUCCAGCAGCAGAACGAGGCCCCAGGCUCCAGCCGUGAUGAGGAGCAGCCUGGUCCCUCCCGCAGGAAACGGCAGCCCAGCAUGUCAGAGACCAUGCCCCUCUACACACUGUGCAAGGAGGACCUGGAGAGCAUGGACAAGGAGGUGGAUGACAUCCUGGGGGAGGAGAGUGACAACGAGAGCGAAGGCGGGGGGAAAGAGGAGCAGGCGGAGGGAGAAGAGGAGGAGUCAGAAGGCAGGCUGAGAAGCCUGAAGGGGGAGAACUCAGAGGGUCUGGGCACCGUGAUAGAGGAGAGGACAACCACGCCCUCCAGCCAGGACAGCAGCCUAUCAGGGAGCGUGCCCAGGGGACACAAGCGCAAGCUGGAGGAGGCCAGAGAGAGCGAGGAGGCCGACUCGGCCAGCGAGUCCAGCAAGGAGUCCAACGAGGACGAGGAAGGCAGCAGCUCGGAGGCGGACGAAAUGGCCGCGGCGCUGGAGGCGGAGCUUAACGACUUCAUGUGACGUGGACCGAGGUGCGGGAGGCGGAGCUAUACAUUUAAAAGAAAAAAAAAAAAAAAAAAGGCAACAACAACAAACCUUGAUUCAAUCAUGGAACAAUUACUGCACCCGCAUGGUGGUACCAGAGCAAAUGAAGAAUUUUUUGUUUGUGCGUGCACGUGCGUGUUUAUGCGUGCGUGCAGGUAUGAAACAAAUGUGUUCAGAGGGGGCUGAUGGUAAGGUUUGGGUUAUUUGUGUAUAAGUAGUUGGAGCUGUAGAAUAGAUCAUUUUAGAGGUAUGGAUAAAAAAAGAAAAAAACAGAGGUAAAUGUUUUAUUGUGAAAUAAAAUAGCG